AAUUGAUCUCAGCCAUUCAAUUCCCGGAGUCAACUCUUUUAGCAAAGUGAUAGUCCCCUAUCUUUUCCCCCUACUUCUAGUUAGGACGUUGAAAUGCAGUAACUCUCUAUAAACUUAGCUUUGCAACUUGUGGCUGAGUUGCAGAACUUGGAAACAGAAAUGGGUACCAUAGCUCCAUCUAAAAGAGUUUCAACUUCUCCCUCAUUCAGAUAUUUCUUUCUUGGUUUCUUAAUUAGUUACAUUAAAAGGUCAGGAGCAUACCUGACAGCUCAGGAAUCUGAUAGAGUAAUCAAUCUACCAGGCCAGCCGCCUAGCCCAUCUAUCUCACAGUUUUCGGGUUACAUCACCGUUAAUCAAGAGCAUGGUAGGGCCCUUUUCUACUGGUUCUUUGAAGCUCAGUCUGAACCAUCCGAGAAGCCUCUACUGCUCUGGCUCAAUGGAGGACCUGGUUGUUCCUCGAUAGCUUAUGGUGCAGCUUCGGAGUUGGGUCCACUGAGAGUUGGUAAAAACGGUGGUGACCUUCAUUUCAACAAAUAUGCUUGGAAUAAAGUGGCCAAUUUACUGUUUGUAGAAUCUCCUGUUGGAGUUGGCUUCUCUUACACCAAUACAUCUUCUGAUCUUACAAAAUUGGACGAUGCCUUUGUUGCUGAGGACACCUACAAUUUCUUGGUGAACUGGCUUCAAAGAUUUCCACAGUUCAAAACUCAUGAUUUCUUCAUCUCAGGAGAGAGUUAUGCAGGCCAUUACGUGCCUCAGCUAGCAGAGCUCGUGUAUGACAGGAACAAGGAUGGGAUUAAGUAUCCACUCAUCAAUCUCAAAGGCUUUAUAGUAGGGAAUCCGAUAACCAAUGAUUACCAUGACUUCACUGGUAUAAUGGACUAUGCCUGGAGCCACUCUGUCAUACCAGACCAGCUCUACCACAAAGUGAAACAAGUAUGUGAUUUCAAGCUCUUCGACUGGUCCAUUAAAUGCAGUGAUGCUGUCAACCAAGUCUUUGACAAAUACUCAGAAAUCGAUAUUUAUAAUAUCUAUGCCCCCAAAUGUCUUGUUAACAGCACUAAUUCAUCAGCUGUUAGUAAGGUAAAAAACUACGGCUUAAGGAGAACGAGGAUCCCUGGAGGUUAUGAUCCAUGUUAUUCUGAAUAUGCAGAAGACUAUUUCAACCGGGCAGAUGUUCAAACAUCCCUUCAUGCAAACAGCAGAGCAGGAAAAUGGGAGAGCUGCAGUGAUUCUAUCUUGAGGACAUACAAUCUUUCUGUUUUCUCCGUACUACCCAUCUACCAUAAGCUGAUCAAAGGAAACCUGAAGAUAUGGAUAUACAGUGGGGACACGGAUGGAAGAGUACCAGUCAUUAGUUCUCGAUACAGCGUCGAAGCCCUGGGGCUUCCUCUCAAAUCACCAUGGCGGUCCUGGUUCCAUAACCAUCAGGUUGGAGGGAGGAUGGCGGAGUACCAAGGGCUGACACUUGUGACGGUGAGAGGGGCUGGUCACCUGGUGCCAUUGAACAAACCCGGCGAGGCUCUCACC